GAAAACGCCGAAGCUCGUUGUCACGCGCAUGCGUAUUGGUGGAGGGCUAGCUUCGUUAGCUAGCUGGUUUGGAUCAUUUAACUUUGAAGCACUUACCUUUUAACUACAAAGUUUAUGUAACAGGAGCAGAACUUUAAUAAGUUUAUUUACGUCAUCAUGUUGCAGUUUUUGGCUGGCUUCACUUUGGGGAAUGUGGUGGGAAUGUACCUUGCUCAAAAUUAUGAAGUACCCAACAUAGCCAAGAAAAUUGAAGCUUUUAAGAAGGACGUGGAGGCCAAGAAGAAGCCCCCAGAGUGAGCAAAGCUGGACUGUGCUUCAAGGAAGAGAAGACAUCUUCUGCAGAGAUUAUUUAUCCACAGGGUUAUGUUGGCUCAGGGGGACAGGGUGUGCAUUCGCUACAGAAUUAUUUGACAUGAGUAAAAGCAUAAGCAGUUCCAGGAGCAGUAUUCGUUUCCCUUCUUUGUAAUAAAUCUUUGUUCCCAUUGGAGUUUUCCUCCUUGGGUAAAUUGCCUAGAAACUUGAUUUAACGAAUAAUGCAGCUAACUGGUGGGAUCACUUUAAAGUCUGAUUUGCCGGCACUGGUCGCCUGUUUUUUUUUUUUUUUUGUAUAAUGCAGUGUGAUGAUAAUGUUUAAAGUGCAUUGAGAUGUACAACAUAAUUAAACUACCUUCUGAAUUUUUAGUAACAACUGCCAAACGUUUUGCUACACCUUCACAAACAUUGUUCUCAAUCCUCAAGCCUACAAUAAAGUUACAGAAAAUGACAUUAAAA